CACUUAUCUCAAGGUUCAUUGAUCCUACCAGAAAACAGUUAAUCUGCGCACAUAUCUGGAGUUUCUUUCAAUAUAGCAGUUGCCGUUAAAUAACCAGACUAAAGGUAUUUUAAAAAAGUCAUCAAUUGUCAGAUAAAAAUGGCAGUAGUCCUACACACAGCCAAAAAGCGGCCAGUUGAUAGUCAAGAAUUAGCACGGUUGUCACGAUACUGGGACAUGUUCAGCAAAGGAUUAAACGAGGAGCGCUUGUCUGAGAAAUACACAGACUUUACAGUCCUUUCCGAUGAUCAGAAGACUUUCCCAUGCCAUAAGGUUGUUCUCGCUGCAGUUUCGCCGUUCUUUGACACCAUGUUCCAAACUGAAAUGCAGGAGACGCAACUAGGACAGGUUCCGCUACCAUUUGAUGCGGAAACAGUGGAUCUUGUUUUACAGUAUAUUUAUGCAGGAAAAAAUGUCAUAACCGACCAGAACUAUGUUGCUCAGAUAUAUUUUGCUGCAAAUUACCUCCAAAUCUCUACACUUGUUACUGACUGCGAAAAUUUGCUGUCCAGGGGUAUGCAAGACGAUAUCAGCCUUGAAGUUUGGCAGAUAGCUAAACAGUUUAGAAAUCUAGAAGUUGCUGAAAUCGCUAAAAGUAUUGUACUUCAGAACUUCAGCGAUUUUUGUCACAUUGAUAGCAUUGGCCGGAUUGGUAUCGAAGACCUGAAAGUUCUGCUCCAAGAUAAGAUGACCAAUUGUAGCGGAAAGAUAAAAUGUAAGGCAGCAUGGGUGUGGCUUAUAGCUCAACAAAGCCCUGAUUCUUCAACCGCCAAUGAUUUGAUAAGUGCUCUUGUUGCUUCCGAGAACGUAGACAAUGAAGAUAUACUUGACGUAUACCAAAAUGACUGGGAUGAAUUUCUGCAAGAAAAUGUCGAUAUUGAAAAACUUGAUUCAUCUAGAACACUUUGGAAAACUGUCUGCAGUGACCUAUGGAUACAAGCAGAAGAGGGAGUCGGUUCCAGGCAUAUUUCUACAAAUGAAUGUUUGAUUGUAGUGGGUGGGACCCCAUUGGAGGAAAGUAGACUUACCUUGUUCAAUUUCAAGAAGAAGAUUUGGUAUGAUUUAGAAGCAGACAAAUGUGAGCUUGGGCAUCGCUAUGCUGUUUGCUCACUUGGAAGUAUUCUGUACCUUAGUGGUGGCACUAAAAAUCAGAAAGGUUUCAUGAGUUUUAAUGAUUACACAAAGAGGUGGGAUAAUCAGGCUCCUUUGCCAGUUGGUAGAGAGCAGCACAAUAUGUGUACAGUUCCAGAUAACAGUAUAAGAUCCGAGCUUCGGACCGUUGAUCGAAAGAUUUACGUUUUGGGCGGGACUUCGCAGCAAGAACCAGCCCUGACGGAUGUUCACGUGUACAAUAUCGGAACCAUGACAUGGUCGAAAUGCGGCAAUUUGGCUUAUGCAGUUGCGGCAGCUUGUUCAACAGUUGUUGGUCAAAGAAUUUAUUUGUUAGGCGGGGCUUUGGUUGGCGGAAAUAGUUCUAGACAACCGUCAAAUAAGAUACAAUGUUUCGAUACGAGUAAAGGAUAUAGCUGGAACAUAGACCAAACUCUUCCAUUCAAAUCGAAAUUGCAAAAGAUGGGGGCUGUUUGUUUCGACAGUGAAAAGGUUGGUCAUCGGGUCUAUGUUGUACAUAACAGAAUGAUUUACCAACUGAAGUUCAACAAGCACACCGGUGUUGAUAUAAAAGAAGUUUGUGCCGUUUCAAAUGCUCCAACAAAAGGUUUUGCGGUAUCUAAUUUUGGAGACAAGCUGUUUAUUUUCGGUGGUGAGGAUGACAGUUUCAAAAGCUCGAAGGGUAUUUUACAGUAUGAUAUAAGCUCUGAGAAAGUAGUUUCUCUGCCAAUAAAACUACCAUUUGAAAUGAAGGAUUUUAUGCAUACUGCAAUUCCGGUACCAGAUUCAUGGGUUUUGACGGAAUUAACCGAAAAGUAGCGGAAAUUACUGAUACGCGAAGGAAAUGUACAGUGGAAGGCGGAAUUAAUUGAAUUUUGUCCAAAAAAAAUCACCCAAAAAACUGGAAGUUUGACAUUUAUUUGAAUUAAAGAUAAAUCAAUCAGUGUUUUGCUAAAUAUAUCGUCACAUUAGUACAAUAACAGAUUAAGUCCGUCUAAAUUUAAUUAGAAGUUAAUCAGUUAUUCCACUAAGGUGACGAUAUUUGCGUUUAAUAUGUCUUGUGCCACAAGUUGUGGCCGAACUUAGCUAGUCGAUUUUUGUUUUUGCUUCAGUCAUGAUGUAUGAUUUGAACAGUAAUUAAUUUAGUUCAUUAAUCAAGAAAUGAUCGAUGUGUCAUUUUAUAUUCUUAUCAAUGUUAUUGAAUGAUACAUUUUGUAGAUGUUAAUUUAUAACUAUUUGCCAUUGCUGUAUUUUGACAAGUACUUUAACAAGUGUUUGUAUUUUACUUUAAAAGCUCAAUAAUUAUGCAUUGUACCAAGUGCCAUAACUCGUCCUGAACGUCAUUUUCUAUCAGCUGUUAUCCCGGUACGGCUGUUACCCGUUUUUACACAGAUAUAGUUGACAAUUUAUAAUUAUUUGCUAUUGUUGUAUCCCAAGUGCCAGAAUUAACUCGUCCUUAACAUGAUUUUCUGUUUUCUGGGUACUAAGCAAUAAUAUACAUUUGCGGAAGGUCGGUAUAUGGACGUGUUUCUUCUCAGGUGUUACAAAAUUUAACAGCUUGGAACAAUCCGAGAUUUUCGGGUCUUCAUAUAUACCAUAAAAGAUAAAAUGUUGACGUAAAUAUAUUAGCUAAUAGUUCCCAAACAACUAUAUAUUAUUUAAUUAUCCGGGUAAAAAUUAAGAAAGAUACAUGUUGUUAUAUGAAGUAAAAAUACCAUGCAUGUGAAUAAAUAAAGUAAGGUCAGCCUAUGUAAGGCAAGAUCCACACAAAUGACAUUAACGGUUAGUAAUUAAUGGGUCAAAGAUAAUUAUAGUUAAAUGGUAUAUUGCAGUUAUCAUGCAUGCUAUUGUAUUGACUGUGUAUAGUCAUGCAUACAAAUAUACUCAAAUUCUGGAACAGGAGGUGAUAACUCUUUGCCCCCAGUAUAGAGCCAGGACAAUCUAUACAUUGUGCGUAGUCUGGUCGGGCUCUUUUAGCUAGUGUUGACUGUUGAUAGCUAAAUUUUAUAUUAAAAUUCCCCACUAAAUGGAUUGUUCCAAAGUCAAAACAGGGCAAACCCAUUGCACAAAUAAAUUCAGUAGGUAUGUUAUUGAGUAUUGCAAUGGUAUAAAUGCAUGCUAUGUAAUAAAUUGUGGAUUUAUA